CAGAGCCAUCUAAAAACGCGCUAGCGGCCUGUAAGACACUAGGAACCUAGGCAAGGCUCCGCACUGGACACUAGAGCUAGGAACCUAUAGGCAAGGCUCCGCACUGGACCGCAGGCCGCUCGCGGCACGGUGGGGCGAUUGUCUAUGCGCGGGCAUGCCUUGCACAAAUUGUAACAGCUACUACGACGCGAGUAAAAUUAUAUAUACUUGGUCUCACAAUACGGUACAGCUCAGUGGUGAUACACCCAUACACUGGCCGAGCCCUGGUGCUGUCCCAGCUUCAGCCAGCCCUUUUAACCCCGGCGAACCUGGUGUCUGGUGCGAGACGUGUAAUUGCGUUGUGCGGGUGCUAAUUUGUGAGUGUUUGCGAAAGGAGCUGCUCGACGGCCACCCCCUCGACGCGAGUUGGCAAGAAAUCGUGGGUAACAGGGGAGUGUGCUCGCGCGGCGGGCACGAUAUAUGCCUACCGACUAAACAAGAGACCACCGCAUUGAACGUAAAAAAGUUGAAAGCGCUUCAGAAGUGGCGCCGCGACCUUAAGAACGAGCUGGUGCCGGAACUGCUGCGCGCACACGACGCUAACCGGGCUGAAAUCGCGAAAAAGAUCUUGCUCUACGUCGGCUUCGACCACCCGUGGAAGAUCUACUAAUAUGCGUCGCUUGCUCAUCCUCCACGCCAUCGCCGCGACCGCAUUACUCGCCCCGAAGCGCCGCCGCCGCGCCCCGACGAAGGACAACGGCUGGCGCGAGCUCUCGCCGCCGGCGACGCCCCUGGCGCCGCGCACGGACUACGACUGGACGAGCGGCGCGCCGACCGACGCAGCAUGCUGGCCCUCCGUCUCCGUCGUGACGAUCACGCGCGACCGCGCCGACUUCCUCGCCGAGGCACUCGUCUCCAUGGCGCGCCAGGACUACCCGCGCGAGCGCGUCGAGAUCAUCGUGGCCGACGACGGCGCCGGUGAACCGGUCCAUAACGUGCGCUACCUCGCGCACGCGGCGCGCCAGCGCCUCGGCGCCAAGCGCAACGCCUGUCUCGCGCGUGCCACGGGCGAGCUCGUAGCUACGUGGGACGACGACGACUACUUUGCUCCAAACCGGCUGCGCGCGCAAGCGGCGGAACUCAUGCGCGGCGGCGACGUGUGCUUCCUCGGCGCGGACGCGGCCUACCGCUUCGACGUGUCGGAUGGUGAAUUCCGCGAGAACCGUGGGGGGUCCUUCGUGCAGCCCUGCACGAUGAUGUUCAAACGCGAGCUCUGGGGGCCCAAGGCGCGCUACGACGACGGCGCGGACCUGGGGGAGGACCUGGCCUUCCUCGACGCGCUGCUCGAGGGCGGAGCUUCGGUAGCCACGGCGGAGGUGCCCUUCGUGCGCGUGCGACACGACAGAAACGUGGCGCAGGACGCCGCCGGCGACGGAGACGAGGGAGUCGUCGCGGCCCGCGCCGCCGCUGUCGCGUGCGGCCUGCCGGCGCGGACGGUGGACUUCCUCGCGGGACUGUCCGCCACGUGACUGCGUGCUCGGUUGCGUAAGUGUGUUGAAGAAUAAGGCC